CUGAGAUGCACUCGGAGCCGCAUUGGAGACGUCGGAACUUCGAUCGGAGUCACAUCAGCUUUGCAGUCACGUGGUUGUUUUGUCACUAUACGCUGCGAAUUUUGGUAAAAGGACAUUUUUUUUACGUGAGAUCAGAAUCUUCAGCAGGUGAAUAUCGGGUGCCUGUGCUGCAUCUUUUGGUACAGAAACUUGAAGGAUAAGAAUAAAUGUUUGUUCGGGUAAACUUUUAUCUUGCAGUUAUGCAUGAUGUUAAAUUCUUUUAAAUAAGCAACUCUGUUUCUGACAGCCUUUCAAAGAUUACGUUUAUCCUAUGCAAAAGUUAACUUAGAAAUAUUUAUAUUUCUUUAGAAAGUGUGAGGUAGUUUCCGUGUUCGUCAGAUUUAACGCUUAUUCUUAAGGAAAACUCUCAUUGUCUAUUUUAGUAUAUUCAGUGCUAAACCUUAAGUGACCUUUUUCACAAUCUAAUUAAAUAAAAUUAAGUUUACCAAUUUUACCAAUAGAAACAUUCCAGUGCAUGAUCUGUGUGAUACUUUAUAUGAAAAACAUACUUAGUUUUUACGCUUAUAAACUUGCUGUAAAUAUUUUCAUAUAAAGGGAUAUAAUUUCUCAAUUUUGCGAAAAACCUGUGGAAUAAUUUCAUUGAACUUAAUUUGUUAAACAAGUUAUUGGUUAAGAUAGACUCUUAAACUGGUUAUAGAGAAGUGUUGAAAUGGUACAUUUUGAAAACUUUUUGGAUGCAGUGAUAUAGUUCUUAAGCGAAGAUGGUAUCACAAGCUGUUUCUAUGUCUUUAUCUAAUGAACUCACAAGUUACACAUUUCCUCAUCCGUCCAUGAUGUCAUUGCCGUGGGUUUCUCAUAAUUCAGCUCAUACUCAGAGUCCUUUUAAAUUAUAUGCACCUCAAAUCAGUCCAUAUGUAGCACCGAAGAUAAUGAAUGGUAUAAGUCAUCCAUCUUCUGAUAUGGGCAAUAAUAGUAGUCUCCAGAUUAAGAAAAAAAAUGCUCGUAAAGUUAACAAAUCUAGUUACAAACAUGUACCUCACAAGGAUAAGCCUCCACACUUGGUUGCCAGACGGAAUGCUAGAGAACGCCGAAGAGUGCAAGCUGUAAACAGUGCUUUCGCUAAACUUAGGAAAUGUGUACCUAUUGAAAACCGUAAUAAACGAUUGUCGAAAGUAAAGACUUUGCAUCGUGCUAUUGAAUAUAUCAACGGUUUGCAGGCAAUGUUAAGGCAGGCCGAAGAUCCAGAUGCCGCACCGUCAAAUACAAUUUAUUUCACUCCUCGUCAUCGAAGUGAGAGCAUGACAUCGCCGGACGAUGAUGAUGACUUCGAGGAAGAUGAUGACAGAGAUGUCAGGGACGAGAGAGACGAUUCCGAAUUUCAAGAAUUCGAAGAAUACUUAGAAUCGGACGUUGAUGUGGUCAACAAGGAGAAUGAGGGUCAGAGCUGGACAGCGUUAAGCACGGGCUGUGAAUCAAAUUAUUGGACUUAUAUGACAUACAAUGAAGAUUACUCUGGAAGUCUUACGAGUUAACGUUGUGUGUUGAUUAGAUACAAUGCCUCUAGAAUCUGAAGUGAAAGUGAAGGAACAUGCUGCAACACUUAAGUGGCCAUAUUUUUAAGGACUAAAACGCCUUUAUCCCGAGUGCCUACUUUCAGGAAGAAUAUUUUCUUGAUGCUUUUCUUGUGUAUAUUUUCAGUGUGCGUAAAUUUGUGCUUACUACUGUGUCUGAGUUUAAAAUAUUUCCUCUGCACUCAAAUUUAAACAAUGUUAGUUUGGAAACUGUAUUAAAUAUACCGGCAGUAUUUUUACUUGUUAUUUAAUUUUUAUUCAUUAUAAAAUUUAAGCAUCAAUUAUUCAGUUUGAUGUGUUGAAUGAUGCUGAUAUAAAAAAGAAAUGUUGGAACAGGGUAAUAAAGUUGUGUUUCUAUUUGCCA